UCAAAAAUAUUUUUUCAUAUAGCAACUGAUUGAUAGCCAUUUUGAAGAGCCUUUUGUUGGUGUUUUGUGAAUGUUUUCAAGUAAAUUUUGUAAUAAACCAUUGAUAUAAAAGUAAAUUAACUAUUGGAAUAUCAUUGCGGGCUACAAACACCUAAUCAUUACAUGUCAUCACUUUGUGUUGUUUGUUUGUGAAGUCGCAUUGUGAAAAAAAAAAGAACCGGAAAGUACUCUGCUGUAUUAGGUUUUAUUUUACAUUUAGUGAGAGGUAAAUAAGGAACAAUAAAUCAAUCAACCCUUUUGUGGUAGUUAUUUAGUGAAGUGUAAUUAAACCAAAGCAUUUACGUCGCGUGUAUUCCUUCGACGUAAAUUUGGAUUGUCACAAGAUGGCCGCCAUCGGAUGCUCGCUCCGCCGAAACCCGCUCUCAAAGCGCGAUGUGUCACCCACGGGCGCCCGCUUGGCCGCCAACAUGCUGUGAGCCGGCGUCGGGCGGCGCGCUGCGCUCUCCGGCCCCUUCCGGCGAGGUUCCAUUUCGUAAAAUGGAAUUUCGCUCGAGGCGCCAAAAUACGAUGGGUGUUGACAGCGCUCCAGUACCGUACCGUUACUCCGACGGCCGAUCAAAAUAAUCGUAGACAAAGAUGAGCGAGCCGGAAGACGUCGGAAAGGAUGUGUGGAAGCGAUGGAUACUCGAGGCGAUUCGGAAAAUACGUUCACAGAAACAGCGGCCGAGCGUGGAGCGCAUCUGUCACGCGAUCAGGCAGCACCACAAUUAUCAUGAGGACGUGGUCUCCGAGCGCCUGGAGCGGGCCGUGCGCGAGGGCGCCGUGCUGAAAGUGUACAACAAGGGGCAGAGCUCGUACAAGGACCCAGGGGGGUUGCAAAGCAGGACUCUUAGGAUAGCACCGGACAUCGAUGUGUCGCGGGCAGUGGCUAAAGCAGUGCGCGAGUUAGGUGAACGGGACGGUAGUGACUUAAAGACUAUAGAGAAACAUCUGCAGCAGGCAUACCAAGUGACUGUGGACCCUGAAGUUGAUGUGCGUACAGUGUUGAAGGCCGCAGCGAAGCGGGCCGUUACUAGGGGGUUGAUAACCCACCAUCAGGGAUUUUAUAAGGCUGCGGAGAGACCAAGGGCUGGGUCACAUGAGCGAACUCCGAAGCAGAAGAAGAACCAGGAAUCAGAAAAGAGCCCCGAAGGCUUGCCCAUCUGCGCCGAGUGCCUGGGCACGGAGACGCGCAACAGCAGCGGCGAGCCCGAGCCGCUCAUCAGCUGCCAGCAGUGCAAGUCCUACGCGCACCCCACGUGCCUCAACCUUCUGGACCACACCACACAGACUACUUUAAAGGCGCUGCGCUGGUCGUGCGGCGAGUGUGCGUGGUGCUCCGUGUGCGGCAGCGCGGGCGGCUGGGCGGCGCGCUGCUCCUCGUGCUCGGGCGCCGCGCCCCGCUACGCGCACGCGCACUGCGCGCCGCCGCCCUGGCGCUGCGCCACCUGCAAGGACAUGCCCGCUACUCCAAAGCGGUCGGGUGGUGCGACGACGCCGCGGACGAAGAAGGCGCGCACGCCGCGCCGCGCGGCCUCGGACUCCGAGCCCUCCGACGGUAAUGACCCCCCCGCGCCGCUCGACCAGAGAAUGUCCAAGGAGAAACAAAAGUUUUUCAGAUUCAGCGCCUUCAACCUCGUCAAGCGCCGGCGGCGCGACUCCUCCAGCGACUGGGAGGGCUGGGACCGGGCGAGGUUCAACGGCGUCAGGGUCACUAGAGUGCAACGGUUGGAACUGCGCCUAGAGCGACGGAGAAGGCGCCAACCGUCAACCGACUCCGAUUCGUCCUUGCCCCCGUCCCCCCCUCGAGAACUCUACUCCCCACCCCCUGAAUCUCCCGUCCACACGCCGACCAUCUUCGAGCGGCUCGCCAGCGACUCCUGCAAAGGCGCCUGGGGUUUCGCCGCCGAAGCGCAGAAGCAGCGGCAAAUCGAAGAGAAACCCGUAGAGUCGAAGCGACGUUCGGAAUCCCCUAGAAAACAGAAGCUAGAGCCGAGAAGGAUAGCGCGGCGGCGCAGCAGAUGCGGCGAGCGACUCCUGACCACAUUAUUCGACGGCCUGUCGGAGUUUUACUCGGUUCGAACGGAAUCUAGAUCCCAAUCGAGGCAUCGCGGGCGACCUCGAAGAGAAAAAUCCGUCCGACGCGAAUCCCUCACGGAAACCAGAGAAACCGAGCGACAGGUCUUAAAGGAGACCCGCAGCACCUUCCGCAAGCACCUAGAGACGUUAAAACGCGAGCGCAGCCCGAGCGCGCCCCCAGAUUACAUAUUACCGAAAGAGGAGUGCAACAGUAGACUGUCGGCCUCGUCGCUCGUGCGGCUGGCGGCGUGCAAGCGGCACGCGCGGGACGACAGCGAGAAGCUGUACCGCGCGCUCGAGCGCGAGCGAGCCCCGGCCGCGGCCCCGGCCAGCAAUCAGACGGAAAGCAAGAAGCUCCCCCCGGGCGUGACGGUGGGCGACGCGUCGCUGUUCAGCGCGGCGCUGGCGGCGGCGGCGGCGGCGGCGGCGGCUGCCGUGCCGGCGGCGGCCGCGCCGGCCGCGGAGCCCGCGCUGGCCGCCGCCGCGCCGCCGCCGCGCUGCCCCUCCGCCAUCGAGUUCGGCCAGUGGGAGAUCGACACCUGGUACUCCAGCCCCUUCCCGCAGGAAUAUGCCAGGCUACCCAAGCUAUUCCUGUGCGAGUUCUGCCUUAAAUACGCCAAAAGUCGGGCCGUGCUCAUGCGCCACCUCGACAAGUGCCUGUGGCGACACCCGCCCGCCACCGAGAUCUACCGUUGCGGAGACAUAUCCGUCUUCGAAGUGGACGGAAACGCCAACAAAAUCUACUGCCAGAACCUCUGCCUUCUCGCCAAACUCUUCCUCGACCACAAAACGCUCUACUACGACGUUGAACCAUUCUUAUUCUACGUGUUAACGAAAAAUGAUAACAAAGGAUGUCAUCUGGUCGGAUACUUUUCGAAAGAGAAGCAUUGUCAGCAGAAGUACAAUGUGUCGUGCAUUAUGACGAUGCCGCAGUACCAGAGGCAGGGCUACGGGCGGUUUCUCAUCCAUUUUAGUUAUUUAUUAUCAAAAGAGGAAGGUCAACCCGGAACACCAGAAAAACCUCUAUCCGACCUCGGCCGAGUGUCGUACCACGCUUACUGGAAGUCGGUCAUACUAGAGUUCCUCCACGACCACAAAGACAAACCAUUCACGCUCGAGGACAUCGCGCAUACAACGGGCAUGCACAUGAACGACAUCGCCGCCACCUUCCAAAUGCUCGGUUUCGUCAGAUACCUACCCAACAAUGACUCGAUGAAACUAGGACUCUGCAUAGACUGGAACAAGGUCGACACUCACGUGAAAAAAUUAAGAAGUAGACCACGGUUGGAAAUCGACCCAGAAUGUCUCAGGUGGACGCCGCUUUUGGCCCCCACCAUCAACCCUUUCAGGUCGCCCGACGAAGGCUCCGCCGACCAGGACACUGAGAACGACGAGGAAAUGAAAACUGAGAGUGAGGACACGGCGACAGAACCUGAAACACCAGUCACCAAAGCGGAGACCAAGUUGAAGACCAAAAUUGAAAAGGAGAAGACCCCUGAACCAGUUGAGGUCACAUCAUCCGGGCGACGGCGGACGAGACCUCUCAAGUACAGCGAAACGACUUACCAGACUACUCCCACGCUCGCACAGGAGGGCGGUAGAAAGAGGAAACGGGAUGUAAACAGAAAGCUAUCCGAAUCCAAUUUAACCGAGGACGAUAAAAAGCCAGAGGAGACGACGCCGCGGCAACAGAGAAGUAAAAGUGUUGCGAGGCGGUCCUCCAGAGUCGCUCAGAACGAGCUCAAUGAAGACUCCAACCCUACUCCGACACCCAGAAGCAGGAGACAGAGUGUUAAAGAAAAGGAGACAUAUGCCUCAGAUAGCCAGGAUAGCCAAGAAGAUACCCUCGACAACUCAGUCGCCGCAACAGCCAGUGUCAAAGCGAAAGCGAAGCGAAAACAUCCCUGGCGUGGUCGUCCUAAGAAGCGACAAAAGGUCACCAAAGCUAAUAAGCUCAGAACUGAUUCCCCUGACGCCAAGAAGGCAAAAAUGGACGAGGAAACCAACUGCAAAACUGACGACGAUUCAAUGGAGGAAGAAAAGCCCAAAUCGCCAGUUCAAAACCAUAAUUCCCCUAAAAGUCAAGAUGUCGAAAAACCCAAGGAGAAAAGCAAGAAUUCAGACAGCUCUGAGGACUCUUCUGGGGAGGCUGAUGAUGAAAUGGAUGUGGAAGAGGUAGAGGAUAAAAGAAGUGUAUCCAGCAAACCCGCCAGUCCUCGGCAAGUAGAAGAGAACAGCACUGAUCAUCACACCAGUGACAUGGAACUUGACAGCAUACACAUGGAUUCACCAAAAUCUAUAGCUGAGAAAGAACAAGUCAUCAAAGAAACCUCCACUGAAGACAGUGAGAAAAAUGACAAAGCCAGUGAAGACGUAGAAUCACCCGCCGUCAACGCUACAGAAUCAAAACCGGAAUCGCAGUCGCAAAAAGUAGAUGAGCAGACAGAAGCGAAAAAUGGCGAAAUCAAGUCGCCAACUAAAUCUUCGCUAGACGACAAAGAGACUAUAAUCAUAUCAGAAUCAGACGACAAUAACAGCCAAAGUUGUCCGCUUCCUUCUCCGAAACCGAACAACACGGUACCGGCGCAAACUAACAAUGAAAACAAACCUAAAGAGGUUGAAGAAAACGAAAGCCCUUCUAAGGUUAUACCAGUUGUGUCCACGGAGAACGCUCACAUAGUGUUAGAUCACAAGAUUCAAGAGGAAGUGAAUCCAAGUAGACCACCAGUAGAUCUUAUUGUUCCUAAGAUACACCAGAUAGAGACUAUAGUAGUUGAAAGAGAGUCUGACAAUGGCCCAUCGCCCCAUCCGCCACCAAAACUGAAUGAUAAAUCUGUUAUCAAUGAGUCACCAAAACAAAAAAGGACACCAGAAAAAGCUAAUUCUGAAUGUGAACAAAAAAAGUGUGAAAUAAGAAAAGAAACAGUGAUACAACAUCAGGCUAUGGACGAGCUUAAAAGUCCAGAGAAAAAGUCUCCAACUAAACCUGACUCGAUCAUUCAGAAUGUGGACCUUCAAAGAGACAUGAGCAAUAUGAAAUUACCCGAAAUGCCUAAACUUGAUUCCUACCCAGAUAUGGAGAGGAAUAAAUCGCAAAAUUGCGUUGUUAGCAAAGAAAGCGAAAUAACUUUUAGAAAUGACUUGGUUAAUCCAAGAAAAGACGAGAUGGUCAUCACGAGAAAUGUAAUAGAACCAAAUAUGAUCAACUACCAGAAUACCGUGGGUAACUCCAUGACGAUACAGCAAAUUAAUACGGCGCAGCAUUCCUACCUCAACCAUAGAGCCAGCGUCAGCAAGGAGUCUCAAGCCGUACAGACAGACAAAGUUAUGAAGACCAGUGAAACUAACAGAGUUAACAGCAUGUCUGACUCCCCUGUGAUAAGCAAACCAACCAAACUAGAAGUGCCUCAUCCCAUUACAUCCCCCGUCAUCAACCCUGUGAUACCCAAAGUACCCAAUGUUACAGACAUCAAUUUUUUACCUAGGUGCCAAAGCGCCAACGCCGCUGUAAACUUGGGCUCUGAAAUGGACCCUAAUUUUGCGAACAGCAAUGCUAUCCAGAAUUCUCUUGGAGGAUCCAUGAACAUCGUGCAAUGUAGCUCUCAGGAUAAAGACUUAAAACCAAGGGAGAAAAGUAAACUUCGAGAUGUAAGAGUAAAUUCAGCUCACAGCAAAUUGGAGAAACCGGAAAAGAAAAGUAAGAAUGACACUCCAAGAAGCACGCCUGAACCCAAGGUCGUGUUUUUUCCAGAGCAAAACGCUAACGCCCGAAAGCCAGAGACGUCGGUCCCUAUAAACGUUAUCAACACCAACGCCGGCCCCGUCACUAGCAAGCCGGAAACAAAACCGACCAACGAAGCACCCAAGAAGCAAGAUUUUUUUAAGAAAGAGAAAACUAACACUUCUAAAUGUGACUCAAAAAACAACACAGUCAAACAUGACAAAACUUGCACUACGCAACUCGCCAUAAAACCGGACCAAAAUGAUCUAAACAAAAUGCUCCCCAAGCUACGCUAUGACAACGAUCUCGUCCCGAAAGACUAUCCCAUGAAUCAAAUCCCAAACUACCACACAUCUCAUGCUCAGUACCAGUGGCCACCCUGGGAUCCCGCGCGUCUCGCACAAGGCACAUGGGACCACAACAGAUUUCUCGACAUGAAAAACAGCGACAAAAACUACUUGGACAAAUUCCAGGGUUUCAACCUACCUCAUCUUGAACAGAUGCAGAAAUCGCCCCAAAAGCUCCAUCCGAAAUAUGAUCAGAAGGAUUUCCAUAACAUCGCUUACGGGGCGAUUUCAUCCGGCAUUUACGCCACUACCGGCCUUCCGCAUUUUAAAGAAACUAAAGCACCGACUUCAAAAGCGUCCGAAUGCUCGCAGAAGAAUGAUUGUAAACCUUCCAAACAGUCAAAAACAACAACCGCUUGUCAAACGCAGUGCGAGUCGAAAAAAUCUCAGGCACAAAACGAAGCGCAAAUGAAACAGAUGAUGCAACGCCAAGUUAAACAACAGGAAGCCGUCACCAGCUGCGCCGAAUACCGACAGCAAAGUCCUCAAGUGCUAACCUCCCCAGGCUGUAAAACUCCAUUCAACAACGGUCCAUGCAGCCAAGAGAAGGAAAUAGAAAAGAAAAGUAGACAAAAGAAGGAGGAAUCUCCUAAAGAGAGUAAGGAAGAGAUGUGUGAAGCGGUCAGUCCGGCUUUGCAAUCUAUGGGAGUGUAUACUCCAGACUCAACCAGCAAUUCUGUACAUUCAGUGCAGUACCCUUCUUGUGAACUCGACGUAUCGCAGCUAGGACUAGAGUCUCCCUCAAGUAUCGGAUCGGAUCUGGCGUCUCCGUGUUACAUGCACGCGACGCCGAGCCCUCAGUACCCGCACUCGGCGAUACACAUACCUUCGAUUAUGACGCAGCCCAACCAGCCGCCGAAACAGCAGAAGAUCAACAACAGGAAUAGAAACGCCGGCGCGAGCAGCGGCGCAGGCGCGAGCGCAGGGGCGGGCUCGGGCGCGGGCGCGGGGGCGGGCAAGAGCGAGCCCCCGCGCGCCGCCGCCACGCCGCCCGCGCGCCACCGCACCACUCCCCCCGCACACCAGCCACACGCCGGCGGCGGAGCGGCAGCGGGCGGCGCCGGCGCAGGCUACCAGGGCGGCUACCUCUCCUUCCAGCAGCAGCAGCAGUACCACGGCGGGGGGUGGGCGCCCUCCUGCUCGCUCGCCAAGCUGCAGCAGAUGGCCGAGGCGCCGCAACACCACCACCAGCAGUACGCGCAGCAGGCGGGCGGCGCGCAGCACUACCACAAGUACUACCCGGCGCCCAACCAGCUCGACGCCGCGCGCACCCGGACACAUUCUGCGCCCGCGCCUAGUAAGUUACUAUACAUGUGUGUACCAGUACGCGCAGCAGGCGAGCGGCGCGCAGCACUACCACAAUACGCGCAGCAGGCGAGCGGCGCGCAGCACUACCACAAGUACUACCCGGCGCCCAACCAGCUCGACGCCGCGCGCACCCGGACACUUUCUGCGCCCGCGCCUAGUAAGUUACUAUACAUGUGUGUACCAGUACGCGCAGCAGGCGAGCGGCGCGCAGCACUACCACAAUACGCGCAGCAGGCGAGCGGCGCGCAGCACUACCACAAGUACUACCCGGCGCCCAACCAGCUCGACGCCGCGCGCACCCGGACACAUUCUGCGCCCGCGCCUAGUAAGUUACUAUACAUGUGUGUACCAGUACGCGCAGCAGGCGAGCGGCGCGCAGCACUACCACAAUACGCGCAGCAGGCGAGCGGCGCGCAGCACUACCACAAGUACUACCCGGCGCCCAACCAGCUCGACGCCGCGCGCACCCGGACACAUUCUGCGCCCGCGCCUAGUAAGUUACUAUACAUGUGUGUACCAGUACGCGCAGCAGGCGAGCGGCGCGCAGCACUACCACAAGUACUACCCGGCGCCCAACCAGCUCGACGCCGCGCGCACCCGGACACAUUCUGCGCCCGCGCCUAUACGCGCAGCAGGCGAGCGGCGCGCAGCACUACCACAAGUACUACCCGGCGCCCAACCAGCUCGACGCCGCGCGCACCCGGACACAUUCUGCGCCCGCGCCUAGUAAGUUACUAUACAUGUGUGUACCAGUACGCGCAGCAGGCGAGCGGCGCGCAGCACUACCACAAGUACUACCCGGCGCCCAACCAGCUCGACGCCGCGCGCACCCGGACACAUUCUGCGCCCGCGCCUAUUCCAGGCAACCUGUCGCCGAUGCAGCACAUGCAGAUGGCACCGACGUCGCGCAUGUCGCCCAACCUCAACUCGCACAUCAUCUCGCAGUACGGUGUCGGCGUCGGCCUCGCCAACUCGUACCGCAUGCCGCCGCAGCAGCAGUUCAAUAAUCUGCAAAUGAUGAACGUUAACACACCCGUGCAGUACUCCACCCCGGACCCACGAGCCCAGCAACCAAAUGUGUACGCGUAUGGGUACAUUAACGCCCCGCCCGCGCUCGGCCUGCAGAGCCUGAACUCUACUAUGCGUCGGUAGCCCAGACCUAAGCCGGGUGACCCGAAAGUUAACGAGUAGUGCUCGAAAUACUCACGCGGCAUUCCAGUGUUUUUGUGACGGACGUCUGUGACGCGCAUUGACCAAAAACCGAUCGUAUCGUAAGUACAAAUAAGUAAGCUAGUGUAUAUAAAGUAGUGUAGGUUCGAUACGCCGCUUCGGUUGCCUUACCGGGUUUUCGGUUGUCGGUAGUGGCUUUUUUUAGUGUAGGAAUCUCGCGCGGUAUCUUUAUGCUGAACAAAGUACAAAAUUGCGGAUAAAUUGUAAUUUAAACCUGUUUAUAUUUGACCGGCGGAGAUAUAGCAUAAUGAUAUAGUGCAAUAAAUCGUAUUCGCUGUUGUAUGUACCGGUUCGUAUCGACCUCGUAUUGUGAUCGUCCGAUGCGUAAUAAAUCAUAAUAAAUUAAUAUAUUCUCAAUUCCCAAAGAAAUUAGUUAGGUCUUUGGUUUUGUUGAAAAGUGCAAUUGUUUUUCGGAUCGCAUAUUGUAUGUCUAAUAACGUAUGUAUAUUUUGUAUACAUUGUAUGUACACAUUGAACUCCGACUGCCGAGUGCAGUCUACGACUUUAAUUUAUAAUUUUAAUGUAAUCUGUUCUUCGAAGUGCCUCUUUAUCGUCCUCUCUGCUUAAUUUCCGUGUAAGAUAUUGUAAAUGUAUUACAUUAAGUUAACACAAGGCUGUAUAUAGAUCGCGUAAGUAGUACCUAACACUAAGAUAUAUUAUGAGUUUCAUUUGUCAAUGUGAUACCGGUAGCAGAAUGGAUUGAUUCCGCUCGCUGGUUUGAUUGCUUGAAGCUAAUUUCACACACAGAUAGUUUCCUAGCCACAUAAAACUGUAAUACUAUGUAAAAUUUAAUGAAUUACGUAAUAUAAUUGAUUUUUUUAAAUAAUUAACCGUGCGAAUGACGAAAGUCUAAAUAUUUUAGAGAUUUUUGUUCCUAUAUUAAUGUGGUUGGAAACUAAAUUUCUGUGAAGUUACCGACACCAGUGACGAACAGGCCUAAAUGACGGUUAUCGUUUUUUUUUUAUAUUUUGUAUUCUUUUACACUCGUAGGUUUUAAACGUUUUAUAAUUAAGAUAGUUAUGUUUCGCUUAAGGAUUAUUUCGUGUUAUCCCAGUAAUUUAUUGCCAAAUGUUAUUAACACUUAAUUUUGCGUAUCGUUUUAAGUUUUUUUUAGGUUAAUUGCGUUUAGUUUCUGCACGUACAUUAAAAUUGUGUUAAGAGGCGUUUCGCCGGCCGUCAGUUGAAUUUUGAUAAAGAUCUG